GGCAGGCACCGGGCCCAGUCAGCCGAUCGCGCGCCACCUCCGUGUACGUGCCGCACGUAAGCGUACACAGUACACAAUCCGUGUGAAUAUCACAUUAUAUUUUUAUGAUAGGUAACUGUACAAUCGCAUAUGAAAAACGUCAUAUCGUACUCGGAUAAGUUAGUUUAUUUAUAAAAAAAUAAGGUUAUAUUUUCCUCUCGCGACGUCGAAGAAUUCCAUUUCAAGUCCUAUAUUGAAUCUCAUACAUUAUUAAGAUGGGAGUACAAAUGAGAACGAAGACCGAAGAAACGGCUGAGCCUCUGAUCGAAAAUAACAACAAGGAUGACGUGCAAGAACCUCUGAAGCCACAACUUCCACAAAAACGUGAAAUACUGUGGGCCACAGCUAUAUAUUUAACCACUUGGCACGUGUUAGCUGUUAUCUGUACGAUACUUUACUGGAAGAAUGUCAAAGUGGCUACUAUCUUAUGGAGUCUCCUUGUUGGAUUCAUUGGUCAAUUUGGCGUAACUGCAGGUGUGCACAGAUGUUACUCUCACAGAGCGUACAAAGCCAAAUAUCCUUUGCAAAUCAUUCUUCUGGCUUGCUAUUCAGUUGCUGGACAGUACAGAGUAACAGAUUGGGUUCAUGACCAUAGAUUGCACCAUAAAUUUAGUGACACUGAUGGUGAUCCCCAUAAUGCUAAACGAGGAUUGUUCUUCUCUCAUAUUGGUUGGUUGAUGCAACGUGGACACCCAGAAGUAUUCCGUCGUAGCAAAACCAUUGAUAUGACUGAUAUAGAUAACAACCCCUUAGUUCAAUUUCACACAAAAUAUUAUUGGUUUUUCAAAAUUACUUUUUGUUUCGUAUUGCCUGUACUUGUACCUAUAUUCUGUUGGAAUGAAAGCUGGAUGGAAGCAAUCGGAAUUAGUGGAGUAUUGCGGUUCGUGAUUUUCACCAACAUGACAUUUUCAAUCAAUAGCUUGGCUCACUUCUGGGGAACAAAACCAUAUGACACGCGCAUAAGACCUGUCCAGAACAUGGCUUUGGCUAUAUUGACUACUGGUGAAGGCUGGCAUAACUAUCACCACGCAUUCCCAUGGGACUACCGGGCAGAAGAAUAUGGUGGAAACUUUACCAACCCAACUACCAUGGUUUUGGAUUUGUUUGCCAAAAUUGGAUGGGCAUACGACUGCAAGACACCAUCAGCAGAUCUCGUCAGACAAGUGGCUACCAAGCACGGAGAUGGAAGUUGGAGCGAAGUACCAGUUGAGGAAUGCAAAUAGAUUAUUAUCAACACUAAUGCAUUUUUCUAAAUAAUUAUAAGACUUCAUAAACUUUUAAAUGCCUUCAUAGAAUGUUAUUUAAUAUCUAAAAUUAUGAAGACUAGAAUACAUUUAUGUUGUACACCUAUGAAAUGAUAAUAACUGCAAUGGCAUUCAGUAUUUUGAUAGUUUUUGGUUUUACUUUAAAUUUUGGUGUAAUUUUAUAGAUUUUUUUUUUGUGAAUAUUAACAAUACGAUUGGGUAACAACAUAUUAGUAUAACUUUACACAUAUUUAUACACACACACACACACAUAUAUAUAUACACAGUAUAACACAUUACACAUACUAAUGUACAUAGUACAGUCAAUUUUGGCUACAUUUCUGUUGUGUCCUGCACAUAAAAAAAAAAUGGAUCUUAAGGAUCUAUAUUAUAACCACAUUUUAAAAUAUUUCAAUAAAUAUGUAUAUGGUGGUCAUUGAAACAAAAUAGCAUAUUGUGCUAAUAAUGCUCAAACAUUAGUACCCAAUCGUGUUACAUUGUCCAAAACUUAGAUAAGUAUUGAAUAAAAUUAUUUAUUAUAAACAUUUAGUAAAUCGGUUGCAGCUGUCCAAUGACGGAUCAAUAUUCCCAAUGAGCUUAUGAAUACGGCAUCAACUAAUAUUACAACGAAUGCAAGUGUGUGUAUAUGUAUGGGUAGAAGGUGUGGAUGUGAUAUUGAAAUGUCUAUAGAUAGAUGGAAAUUUGUGAGAUAUUUCACUUUCUUUAAAAUAUACAUGGAACCAUCAUAACACGAUGAUUCCUUAAUCUAGAUGUAUCAAUAUUGACUGGUUUCGAUCCAUUUGCAUAGGUUGAUAAAUGGGUAUACUAGCAAAAUAGACAAAGCUAGACGACUAUUAUAUUACAAAAUAAAUUUUACUAAUAUCUAUAAUGUGCUAUAUAUAGGCACCGAUUACCAGAAUAGCUAUCACAUGAACACAUACACAUACUUGUACACAUAAUGUUAGCCGUUAGUCCCUUUAUAAGAGUAGGUGUAGGAAAUUUUGUUUGUGAUUUUCUAUUGUUUUAUCAUUAAGGUAAUGAAUAUUAUUAAUGACAGUAGAAGUAAAACAAAGAACUGAAAUAAACAAAAUUUUACUUACAUUAAUAAUAAUAUUAAAAAAUUUAAAAUAAACGCGUUGUUUUAAAUAAAUAAUUAAAACAUUAUGAACAAGUGCUGAUGCAUAUGUAUUUUAAUAAUAGUUUCCAAUUGAUACUACUGGUCUAACGACUAUUUCAUAUAAUAUAAUUAUAUUACAAACAAGGGGCUGGUGGAUUCAAUUUAUCUUAAACCGGAUGGGAUAUAUUAUUAUGAUCUGAAAAUAUA